AUGGAACAAUGCAGAACGACUUUCGGCAACGGCGUUUUCCACGCCGUGGUCGGUCAGAAGGCGCUGAGUCUGCCAGACGGUGCCGAGCUGCUCAUUGGUAAUCUUUACACAUCGUUCCGAUGUCCGAACCAGUACGGUUACUUCGCAGACGCCGAAAUGGACUGCAAGGUAUUCCAUGUUUGCAACCCCGUCGCGCACCCUAAUGGGCUGCAAGAAGUACAGCAAUUUUCAUUCCUUUGUGGGAACCAGACGAUCUUCGAUCAGCUCUCGUUGUCGUGCGCGUAUCCCGAAGACGCUAUUCCGUGCCAGACCGCACGGACCUUCUUCUAUCUGAACGGGCGUCUCGGUCAAGCGACAGUCGACAUCCACAAUGAAGCGGAUAUCGCCAGUGCAGCGCCUUAUGUGAGAAGGUCCGUUGGAGAGUUCCGCGAAUAA